GUAUUUGUACUUUGCUCUGGGUAUGUUCAAAUACCUAUCGUAGUGAUAAUAAUUUUCACAAACCGGUUAUUCUGUUUACUCACGGUUUUGUAUCAGAAAUCGUACCGUCAAGUUUUACUAAGUUCUACAGUUGUUGCGAUCUGUUAUUUCAAUACGUCAUUGCGCGGCCGGCUUUCGCUCGAAUAGCACAUACAAACUGCAAAAUGAAUAAAUUAAUCGGUUUAACGAGAAAUUUCUCGUCUUCUACUUCUUUAAAUGCCAUUAAAACGGUAACAGUUGUCGGUGGGGGCCUUAUGGGCUCUGGAAUCGCUCAGGUUGCAGCUCAAGCCGGCCAGAAUGUGACAAUCAUAGACAUCAACUCGGACCUCCUUGGCAAAGCCCAGAAGUCAAUCCAGACUAACUUGACCCGUGUCGGCAAGAAGUUAUACAAGGGUGAUGAGGCUAAGAUCAACAGCUUUGUGCAAGAAUCCUUUGAGAGGAUCAAGGUUUCCACGAAGCUGGAAGAUGGUGCUGAUGUGGAUCUGAUUGUUGAAGCUAUUGUGGAGAAACUGGAUGUUAAGCAAGAGUUGUUUAAUAAGCUUGAUCAGAUAUCGCCGGCUCGCACCAUCUUCGCGACCAACACCUCGUGCAUCUCAGUCAAUGCUAUUGGUUCUGGAAUCAAGAGGAAAGACAAAUAUGGUGGCCUCCACUUCUUCAACCCGGUACCAGUGAUGCGUCUACUAGAAGUGAUCAAGUGUGACAGUACCUCCGAGGAGACCUACCAGGCCAUGAUGGAGUGGGGCAAGUCUGUCGGCAAGACCUGCAUCACGUGCAAGGAUACUCCCGGCUUUGUGGUCAACAGGCUGCUGGGGCCUUACUCUGCUGAGGCCAUCAGGAUGUUGGAGAGAGGCGAUGCGUCAGCGCAGGACAUCGAUAUAGCAAUGAAACUCGGCGCCGGCUAUCCUAUGGGCCCUCUUGAACUAGCAGAUUUCACUGGACUCGAUACCAAAACAUUUGUAUUAUCAAACAUGUUUGAAAAAACUGGCAACCCUGUGUUUAAGCCGAUACCCCUUUUGGACAAGUUGGUUAGCGAAGGAAAGUUUGGAAGAAAAAGUGGAGAGGGAUUUUAUAAAUAUGAUAAGUGAUUUUAAUUUUGCUGU